AUGUCAUUGGAUAGUAACAAAGGGUUAAGACAAUAUGUGCUAACAAGGUGGAAUUCGACAUAUCUUAUGCUUGAGAGUGCAAUUCAUUAUAAGCGUGCUUUUGCUUAUUUGGAGAUGAUUGAUAAAAACUAUAUGUUUUGUCCUAAUGCACUUGAGUGGGAAAAUGUGAAUGAUAUCAGUAGUUUCUUGGGUUGCUUUUAUUGUGCUAUAUGUGCUUUUUCUGGUACCAAAUAUCCCACAGCCAAUGUAUACUUUCCCGUAGUUGCAUUGAUUUAUCUGAACUUGAAGCAAGAUCUUGUGAACGAAGAUGGGUAUAAGAGAUUAAUGACAAGUCAAAUGAUCUCUAAAUUUGAGAAAUAUUGGUCAGAAUUCAGUUUAGUGUUAGCCAUUGUAGUUGUCUUAGAUCCUCGUUACAAUCUGGACCUUGUAAAGUACUACUAUACGAAGAUUUAUAGAGCUGAAUCUCAAGAGUAUGAGAAUGUGACGAAAACGUUAACCAAACUUUUUAUGGAGUAUAGUGCUCCUACAACUUCAAGCUCCACAAUUGUUCAAUCCCAAGAAGACUCAGAUUGGGAAAUGUGA